AUGAGUCGGACAGUGAGCCGGGCCUGCGGGGGGACGUGGAUAAAAUACAUUUCGGGGAAUGAAAAUGCAGAGCUUGCAGGUAAGGAGGCUGAUGAUGAGGAGGGGAUGGAGGGAGCGACAGGAAAAGUGCACAAGGACAUGGAGGGAUUGGUCAUCGAGGACGUGAAAGGAUUAGUUGUUAUGUCGGCAAAUGUUAUCUCGGAAAGCCUGAUUAGCAUCGGAUUGUCGCAUGGUCUUGUGUACAACAAGUUUGAUGCUGCACUAAGACACGGGUGGAUUCGACUCCAAUAUGGUAGAGCUCAUGCUCGGACUCUGCAAAAGUCUGAUAGUGGCGGCUUGGCUCAGGUCACCAAUGCUCCAUGGAUGUCUGCUCCAGCUGGAGCACUUUGCAUGCUCUUUGCGAUUUUCUCUGCUCACACUUACUCCUUGCUGGGACUUUGCUGCCAAAUGCUCCAUGCUAACAGCUAUACUGAGCUAUGGUCCAAAACCGUGUCUCCUAAAACAGCUUGGAUGCCAAACACGGCUUGCUUCACUUUUACUUGGUUGUGUUGCGCAAUGUACACCAUUAUCAUCAGAGACAUGCUGAGAUCGCUGCUCCUUGCCAUCGGCAUGGCUGAGGCAUGGACCAGCAAGGAGUCUGUUUGUGCCAUGAUGGGAGAUUAUGCUAAGGGCGGGAGGUUCUUUCAACUGCUUGCCUUGGAGCGAAGACCGAAGUUCGGAGACGAGAUCAACAUCAGUAAACUGCUUGUGCUGAUCUCCUACUUCCACGGAUGCUAUCAGGUCCAUCUUAGAUUUCUUCAGGUUCACUUCGAUGCGCCAAAGUUCUUCCAUUCUCUGGUGUGGAAUAAAUUGCCAAUGCUCUUGUGGUGUUUUACGAUUGCGGGAUUGGUCGGGGCAGGGCUCAUGAUCGCAGGAUUUCUCACCUUCGGGGAACAUAGCGAAUCUCUUCUUCUCAACAACUAUCACUCCAACGACCAGCUUGCAACAUGGGCAAGACUUGCUACUCUUGUGUCCAUUCUUUGCAGGCAAGAAUUUGCCACUGUUUCCAUCUUUCAUCCUCCUUCAGCUACCCGCUCUUCUUCGGGGGACCGUCAGACAGUGAAGGUAGAAGGAGUACAUUUCUACUCUUGUCUCCCUCCUCUCCCCAGGCUCCUCCGUGCUCCAUGCUCCCCUCCCUCCGACGGGUCGCUUCUGCGCUGGCUCUCCUUGACUGACAACAGGACGUUCUGGCGUUUAAUCGUCGCAACGUGUGAGAAUAUGCUGCAGGUCUUGGAGAGACUUGGCAUCAUCGCCAGCCUGAGCGGAUCCAUCUUGGGCGCCUGCAUCAUCUUUGUGUUCCCUCCCCUUAUCCACAUGGGAUGUCUGGAUAAGAAGAGAAAAGAAGGGGCGAAGCUCUCUUUAAAGGAGGAGAGGAUGUACGUCACAAGCUACAUCACGCUUAUCUUAGGCUUGUUGUUUGGACUGUUUGGUGUAGUAGUGUCGCUUGCUUCCAGAUGA